AUGAAUAUCGAGGACACUGCUCCGAUGAAUAUGACAUUCCCGGUCCAGUCAAUCUUCUUUAGUUUGGUAGCCAGUGUCGUGUCUCUAUUGAAGUUUGACGGCAACACGGCCGUGAAACACCCAGCGCCAUGUUGUCGAGUCGACGAUCAAGCCGCCAAAGAAGGGACCGAGGGCUGUUCCGAGACUGACGAGCCCGAAUAUUAUGGCCAUGUAUUUACCCCUUUCGCGAAGUGGCAGGAGAUCGCAUAUGAUGACUUCGAUGAAGACGUUGACGCCACUUGCGCCCACACCUUGUAUAACUCGACCGGCAACCAUCAUGGCCAUGUUGUUCGCGCCGCCACAGAGACCACUUCCGAGGAUGAACAGAGCAGUUGCAGUUACCAUGGGCCACUUUCGACCGAAAACAUCGCCUAG